UCCGACACACAGACAACCUUGCUCCCUACUGAGCUUCUCUAAACGGAUAUUUAACUGCCAUCUCAACGACAUAUCACCUCUACUACCUCCAACCUGCUGCUACAGAAUGUGCAAAGGACUAUCAUCACUGCCUGCAAGCUGCUUAGAAAGGGCUAUGGAGCUAAAAGAAAGACUGAGAAGCAUUUUGCUGAAUUCGCAUUGGAAUACAUCCUGCAGCAAAAUGGGGAAAAACAAGCCAACCCUGGAGGAAUGCCUUGGGUGGAAGCAGUCCUUUGAAAAACUCUUGUCAAGCAAAUAUGGACUGUGUGCCUUCACAGCUUUCCUGGUGUCUGAGUUUAGCGAGGAGAACAUUUCCUUCUACUUUGUGUGUGAAGACUACAGAAAUACCAAGUCUCCUGCCAAACUGCCAGCCAAAGCCCAGAAGAUCUACGAUGAAUUCAUCGGCUUUGAUGCUCCACGAGAGAUUAACAUUGACCAUGAAACUCGUGACAUCACCAGAGCAAACAUCCAGGAGCCGUCAACCGAUGCCUUCGACCCGGCCCAGCAUAAGAUCUACAUGCUGAUGGCUAAAGACUGCUACCCUCGCUUCCUCCGCUCACAAGCCUACAGGGAUUUAGUUUGCCAAGCCAAACCCAGCGCCACGGCAACCAAGAAGCCCUGAACUCUCUCCAUUAAACGAUGGAGUGUUCUUAGUUGAUCGCCCUCAAUGGUUGAGAAGGCAAAGCUAAACGUUAGGUACUGCACCAUGAAGCUGGUCUCUGGUACAGAAACGUCGGAUUGUUCCAGGAGCGGCCGUAAAUGGCCGUGUUCGGUAGAUGCCCGAAGGUUGAAGAGAAAGGGGAAACGGUGGAUCCCUUGAGUGAAAUGUUGUGUGAACACAGAUGAAGUUUGGACAUUACAAUUCAAUAACGGUACAACAGACUGAGUGCCAAUCAAACAGGAAGAAAGGAAGAAAGCACUUUUAUUUGCCAUGAACUGAUUUUUGUGGCUGUGGUGUGCAAUGUUUCUCAGUUAAAGUCUUAAACUCUUUGUGAACAGGCUUGUAUGGUCCUUUAUGAUUUUGUAUUUAUUUAAAUGUAUUUGCCUGUAAUAUAUCUCUUGUUUUUUUACCCAACACAAUGAAAA